GCUCUCAAAACUUUAGCCACAGAAAACACCCAGUUGCAGACCGACACACCCCACAAAAUCCUGCCGGAAAACCCAUCUCCGGUGACCUUCGUUCCUCCAACUCCGGCGAACCCUUAAAGUUCGAAACUGAAGAAAGAGCAGACCACCGGUAGCGGUGGUUUUGAUCUUCCUGUGCAUGAUGGGAUCUUGCAUAUGUCCGUUAGAAACUCCGGCGAGGUUGCUUUGGACAACUAGUUUCUUCCGUCAUAAGUUAAUGAUCUUUUAAUCCAUACCCAACAAAGAUAAUUCAAUAAAAAAACCAUCUUUGAAUUUGAAUUAGAAUUAGAAAGAAGCAAAAAAUCGUCUCUAGUUCUGAAAAUUUUACUAGUAAAAAGUGAGAAUUUAGCAUACCCUUUGACGUGAAGUUUGAAUCUUUGAAGUUGAAAAAAUGGAGUCUGGUCGUCUUUACUUUGAUACCUCUACUUGUCGUGGUAACAACAACAUGAACAUGCUCUUCCUUGGGAAUGCUGAUCUUGGUUUUCGAGUAGGAAGGACAAUGAUGAGCAUGGAAGAAGGCUCGAAGAGGAGACCUUUCUUCAGCUCGCCGGAUGAGCUGUAUGAUGAGGAGUAUUACGAGGAACAGUCGCCGGAGAAGAAACGCCGCCUCACUUCCGAGCAGGUCCAUCUGUUGGAGAAGAGCUUUGAAGAAGAGAACAAACUUGAGCCAGAGAGGAAAACUCAAUUGGCCAAGAAGCUAGGAUUGCAACCUAGACAGGUGGCUGUAUGGUUUCAAAACCGUAGGGCUAGAUGGAAGACAAAACAACUUGAAAGAGAUUAUGAUGUUCUCAAGUCUUCCUAUGAUUCCCUUCUUUCAACAUAUGAUUCCAUUGUGAAGGAGAAUGAGAAACUCAAAUCUGAGGUGGUUUCCUUAAAUGAGAAGUUUCAAGUUCAAGCUAAAGAUAUGCUUGAAGAGCCUUUGUCAGAAAAGAAAGUUGAUCAGCUUCCGGUGGACAUAGCUCAGAUUUUCGGCAUGAAGUUGGAUGAACACGUGAGUUCUGGAAGCGUUGGAAGUGCGGUGGUGGACGAAAGUAGUCCUCGUGUUGUUAUCGACAGUGUUGAUUCGUACUUUCCAGCUGACAACUAUGGUGGAUGUGUUGCCCCUAUUGAAAGAGUUCAAUCAGAGGAAGAUGAUGGAAGUGAUGAUGGGAGGUGUUGUUUUGAUGUGUUUGUUGCAUCUGAAACUGAGCAACAAAACAAUGAAGGAGAAGGGUUGAAUUGGUGGGGUAAUAUGUUUUAUGUUGCAUGAUGCAACAUGGCUUUCUUAUUAAGUUACAUAAGAAAGAGAAAAAAAGUUGUAUAAUUAGUGAUGCAUCAUGUAAUUUGGACGCAUGUGGAAUGUCCCUAAGCCAAGCUUAGUAAAUAAAAGUCCAGUAUUGUACUUCCAAAUUUACAAUAAACUAUUCAAGUUAAAACCUAAAGUUAAGUGUGU